UUGCGACUGGUGGACUAAAAGAUCGAAGCGCGUUGGCAUAUUUGAGUUGGACCGGAUUCGUAAGUCAAUGAGUGUUAUUGUCCGUGAGCCAGAUGGGCAUAACCGAUUGCUUGUCAAGGUAAAAUGGGUCAGAUUUCAAGAAUACCUACCUUAAAGUUUCAUUUUGUUUGUUUUCUGUUACGCAUCCGAGGAUUAAUCUGUGCCCAUAGUGAUCGUUUUCUGCCUGAUAAGGCUAUCGAUUUAAUCGAUGAAGCCGGUUCUCGUGUUAGACUUCGUCAUGCGCAACUCCCAGAAGAAGCUAGAGAGCUCGAGAAAGAACUCAGGCAGAUAACAAAAGAAAAGAACGAAGCUAUUUGUGGCCAAGAUUUCGGAAAGAACAACUGGACACAUAUUUCUGAAUCUUCUUUGGUGGCUAAAAAUGGUGAAAGAGUGCAGGCUGCAUAGAUGGUCCCCCCUCUCUCUCUCUCUGAUUUCCUAAAAUGGUGAAAGAGUGCAACAGGGUCAUCAUUUCACCUUUAUAUAGCCUGCUCAUCAUUUGAUUUCAAUAGUAUAGCUUGCUCUUCCCUUUUCUUUUAAAAACUGGUCAAACAAAUAACCCUCAAACAAACCAUUUUAACCUCUUCAGGUGUCAUGCAUUUACACAUUAAACCCUUACUCUCUCUCACUUCCCUUAUAAAAAGCACCUCUCCACAUUAACUCACUUUUAAACCUUAUAAUCCCUCUAAAAAUUCAACAUUCUACUCUUCCUCCACCUCCAUAAUUUGAGUCGAAACACCCACUACACACACACAAGUUCAAGCUACAAACUUGAACGGUUCAAGCUACAAACUUGAACGGUUCAAGCUACAAACUUGAACGGUUCAAGCUGAAGAAGUUAAGGUAAUUUGAACCUGUUUGAAACUAAAGCAAGUUAAGCUACAAGAUCAAGUUCCAAGUUCAGGCUCCUUAUUUUCUCUCAAAUCCUUCUCAUUGCUUGCUAAGGUGAAGCAUCCUCCUAAAACUCCAUUUUCUUUAAGUUUAGCGUAAAAAAAUUUAGUAUAUUCUGAUAACUAAUUAACAGUAUUAGAAACGGUUAUGUUGGACAAUUAUAAGUUUUAUUGUUUUACCUUUUUAAUCAGUCUUGCAAGUUCAAAUUUGUAUUAAUUGUACAUGUCAUAAAUUGUGUUGUGUAUUUGUGGACGGUAAUAUUGGAAUGAAGCUACUAUAUAGCAUGAUCUUAUA